AUGGCUCGUCUUGCUGCCGCCGUUUCGGCCCUCUCCUUUGCCGCUGCCGUCAGCGCCCACGGUCACGUCCAGUCCGUCACCGCCGACGGCGUCACCUACUCGGGCGGCAUCCCCCACGGCGCCCCCGCCGACGCCGUCGGCUGGUCCGCCAACAACCAGGACAACGGCUUCGUCGAGCCCAACUCCUACGGCAGCCCCGACAUUGCCUGUCACAAGAGCGGCCGCCCGGCCAACAACGCCGCCGUCGUCUCCGCUGGCUCCAGCGUCACCCUCCAGUGGGACACCUGGCCGGAGUCGCACAAGGGCCCCGUCAUCGACUACAUCGCGCCCUGCAACGGCGACUGCUCGUCCGUCAGCCCGGGCUCGCUCUCCUUCGUCAAGAUCGCCGAGAGUGGCCUCCUCGAGGGCAGCAACCCGGGACACUGGGCCGCCGACGAGCUGAUCGCCAACGGCAACUCCUGGACCGUCCAGAUCCCCAGCAACCUCGCCCCCGGCGGCUACGUCCUCCGCCACGAGAUCAUCGCCCUCCACUCCGGCGGCCAGCCCAACGGCGCCCAGUCCUACCCCCAGUGCAUCAACCUCGAGGUCACUGGCUCCGGCUCCGCCACCCCGAACGGCGUCCCUGCCACUUCCUUCUACACUGCCAAUGACCCUGGCAUCGUCUUCAACCUGUACCAGAACUUCGACUCGUACCCCAUGCCCGGCCCCCCUCUGUGGCAGGGCUAAGUGGUCGUCGACGAUAUGAGACGAUGAUAACGAGACAUGGGAAGAAAUCAGGCUGGGCCUUGGAUUGGUUUCGGCAUGGACUGGACCAAGCCGGGAAGCCGGCCUGCUGGACACGUGCA